GAAUAACAAGGCGCGCAUGAACUAUAGAUCCCUGAAAACUAUCUUUGACGCAGAAACACCAAAUUCGUGGGUCACGGGAAAUAGAUGGGAAAGUCAUGAAAUAACAGGGUGCGCAUGAACUAUAGGUCCCUGCAGAAACACCAAAUUUGUGAGUCACGGAACAAAACUGGGAGUCAUAUGAAAUAGCAUGGCGCGCAUGAAUUAUAGGUCCUUGCGUUAUGGUGUGACGGGCACACCGAACUCACGUUACGUCACGAAGCGGCUCAUCAACAUUGCACGAAGGAAUGGUAUAGAGCGCGGACGGAUAGCUGCGGCAGUGUGCGGACAGCGGGCAGGCGGACAGCAGGAUGGCGGGGUGGUGUGGCGUGUUACUGGGAAUGUUGGCGGCGGGCGUGCGAGCGGAAAUCCCCUUACAUCAUUUACCUCAUUUCGAUGGAGAGCCCAAUGGCGUGCUCUCCUCCGCCUAUAGCCUGCUUGAGGAACUCGUGUCUGGCCCCUUACAAGACCGUGACAUCCUCCUGCUCCACGAUGAACACGACCGUCACCUUAUGCCCAGAGGCUCGGCCAGGCUGUUGGUGGCCUCAUAUGACAAAUUUAACGAGAACCACUACCCGACGCACUACAUGAGAGGACCCGAUCGUGUGGCCAUUCUUCUGUUCUCCACGCCGCCCGACACCCUCCUUCAACACCUCGCUCUGUCCACCUCAUGGAAUCCGUCAUUUCUCUUACUCAUAAGCACGAAUGUCUCCCUCCCGUCGGUGACUUUUCUGGAUGACGGCGUGGUGCAGCGCUCCCGACAUGUGGUUCUCCUGAGGCCCAUCGUCAAGGGCGCCGCCGUCACCUUCGCUAUGCUCACCAGCUUCCCCUUCCGCUCAAACCCUCAUGUCCACCUGGGUUUCUGGAACGAGACCCGCUUCAGGACGAUGGCAGGCUUGUUCCCGGACCGCCACCCCAACAUGGAGGGGGCCGUGCUGCGCCUCGGGUCGUGGUGUGAUGACUUCCCCUUCAUCUACCUCCACGGGGACGGAUGCGCCGGAGCUAAUCUGGAUGCCCUGGACCUAAUAGCCACCAAGCUCAACUUUAGCUACGAUGUGCAGAAGAUGACCCAGGACGAAAACUGGGGGGCGCUUGAGGACGGGCGCUGGACGGGAAUGCUGGGGGACCUAAUCUAUAACGGCAAGCAUCUCGUCAUCAACGUAUUCCUUGUUAACUACGAGCGAUGGCGGGACUUCGACACCACCUACCCGUACUACGCCGAGGGGUUCGGGUUCCUGAGUCGCCUGCCGCCGCCCGUGCCGCAGUGGCGAAGCCUCAUGUACCCCUUCACAGCGGACAUGUGGCUUGUGGUGAUCGCUUGCACCGUCGCCGUGUGCAUCAUAUCCAGCGUCCUGUCGGCCCUCAUAGUGAAAGAGAACGUAGACUACAGUAAACACAUCCUGAUGGUGUGUGGCGGCGUGAUGCGGCAGGGCGAGCUGCAGGAGGGGCGCGGGUGGCUGGCGGCGUGGUGGCUCUCCUGUAUCAUCAUCACCACCGCCUACACCACCAACCUCAUCGCCUUCCUCACCGUGCCCGUCUACCCCAGCCGCCUCGAGACGGUGGCGGAGCUGGCACUCUCGCCCUAUAGACUGACGAUGCAGGACUACGGUAACUUCGUGCCCGACGCCCUCAACCAAUCCCAGGACGCAAGCCUCGCCGCGCUGGGGAGGAAACUUGACCUCUUCCCCAUAGACAAUCACUACGACCAGGGCGUGGAAAGCAUCCUCCGGGGCACCCACGUCCUCACAGAGACCUACGCCUACCUCACCAACCUCCAGAUACAGUACAACAUAACACACCUCACCUACCUCAUGAAAGAACAGGUGUACAGCGGGCACGUGUCGUGGUUCCUGCCCAAGAACACGGCCUACACGUACCGCAUCACGCACGUGCUCACGGCGCUGCGGGAGGCGGGCGUGCUCCGCAAACUCUUCCGCGACCACUUCCCGCACGCCGAGGCUGACAACCAAAAAGCCAAAACAUCCCAGCUAAAAGUGGGGCAGCUGCAGGGCGCCUUCCUCCUCCUCCUCCUGGCCCACACUGUGUCCUUCACCUGCUUUGUGGUGGAGUUUUUAUGGGCCAGGAAACUACAGAAAUGAUGGAAACUUGUAACAAUGCAAUGCAGAUUAGUUUCAUUAAUGUGUACCGCUCAUGUUGUGACCCCAACAGAUAUAGAGAAAGAAUAAAAAUAUAGACACCUUAA